AUUAAAGUGAAAAGAAAAUACCUUUUCGCAGCUCUUUCUUUUCUUUAUGGAUUAUUAUACCUUCCUGUCUAAGUGAAGGAACAAUAAUAAAACCUUUUUUUUUUUAAUUAUCCAAAUUCAAGUCAAAGUUAACUCCUGUCAGUUUCUUUUGUCUGAGAAAAGCAAUCUUUAUUUUUAACCAUCUUUACGUUAAGCUGAUCAACAAAAAAAAAAAACCCAUUUUCCCAAAAUGCAAAACCUGAGAUGGGUUUUGAAUCUCUUGUUCAUCUCUUCUCUUCUCCAUAAACUCACUCACUCCUCAGCACAAGUUAUCUGCUCAACCCAAGACAGAGCAGCACUCCUAGCUUUCAAAUCAAGCAUCGUCGAGGACACAACCGGAGUUCUGUCUUCAUGGGUCGGUAAAGACUGUUGCAAUGGAGACUGGGAAGGUGUUCUCUGCAAUCCAGCCACCGGAAAAGUCACAAACUUGGUGCUACAAAACUCCUUGAACGACCCUACUCUUUACAUGAAAGGCACAUUAUCACCUUCACUGGGGAAUCUCGGAUCUCUCCAAGUUCUGGUCAUUACAGGAACCAAAUUCAUCACUGGUUCGAUUCCCAACAGCUUCUCUAACUUGACUAGUCUCACCCAGCUCGCCCUCGAAGAUAAUUCUCUCCAUGGCAGUGUUCCUUCUGGUUUAGGACAUCUUCCAUUGUUGGAAUCUCUUUCAUUGGCUGGAAACCGCUUCUCAGGUGUUGUCCCGGCGAGUUUGGGGAACUUGAGAAGCCUUACGACGAUGAGUUUGGCUCGAAACUCUUUCUCAGGACCAGUCCCAGUGACUUUCAAGAACCUUCUCAAGCUUCAGAUUCUUGAUCUCAGCUUCAACUUGUUAUCUGGACCAAUCCCAGACUUCAUAGGCCAGUUUAAGGAUUUAACCACUCUUCAUCUCUCUAGCAACAGACUCUCCGGGGCGAUACCAGUUUCUGUAUACAACUUGGGGAAGCUUCAGGACAUGUCGUUGGAGCGUAAUGAUCUCACUGGGCCACUCUCUGACCAAAUCAGCAAUUUGAAGUCACUUUCUACCCUUGACUUGAGCAGCAACAAGUUCAUUGGUCAUAUACCUGCAUCCAUUACAAGACUGCAGAAUCUUUGGUCUCUCAAUCUUUCAAGAAACCAUUUCUCUGAUCCUCUGCCUAUUGUAGGCAGGGGGUUUCCUUCUUUACUGUCCAUCGAUCUUUCGUACAAUAAUCUUAAUCUUGGAGCAGUUCCAAGCUGGAUCAGGGAUAAGCCACUCACGGAGAUCAACUUAGCUGGUUGUAAACUGAGAGGAGCCUUUCCAAAGCUAACAAGACCAAGAGACGUGAUCUCUCUAGACUUGUCUGACAACUUUCUCACUGGUGAUGUUUCAGCUCUUCUCGCCAACAUGACCAGUCUUCAGAAACUGAAGCUCUCAAAGAACCAGCUCAGAUUCGAUCUCUCCAAGCUCAAGUUGCCAGAAGGGGUGUCCUCCGUUGAUCUGAGUUCAAAUCUAGUGACAGGGUCGCUUUCAAGCCUGUUAAACAACAAGACAAGCCGCUUCUUGGAAGAGAUCCAUCUCACCAACAACCAAAUCUCAGGGAGGAUACCUGAUUUCACAGAGAGUUUGAACCUGAAAGUACUCAACAUAGGGAGCAACAAAAUCAGUGGACAAAUCCCAAGUUCAAUAUCAAACCUUGUUGAACUCGUGAGACUAGACAUCUCAAGGAAUCACAUUACAGGAGAGAUACCUCAAGCUUUAGGACAGCUCUCGCAGCUCAACUGGCUCGACCUCUCGAUCAAUGCACUUACAGGAAGAAUCCCAGAUAGCUUGUUGAACAUCAAGGCAGUGAAACAUGUGAGUUUCAGGGCCAACAGACUGUGCGGAUUAAUACCACAAGGAAGACCAUUCAACAUCUUUCCAACAGCUGCUUAUCUGCAUAACCUUUGCUUGUGUGGCAAGCCGUUACCACCUUGCAGGAACACUAGGAAGUGAACAAAACAAUCAUUUUGAAGUGGCCAGUCCAACGCUGACUUUGAUCUUAAUCCCAUCACCUUUACGCAUUUCUUCAAAAAAUAGAUGAUAUCUUCUAUUUGUCUUUUACUCUUUCACUUCCUAUUCUAUUGUUUUAAUAAGUACUUUCUAUACCUUUGUGAUUCUGUUUUUAUCUAAAUAAAUUAUUCUCAUUUUGAUUCAA